UCCUAAAUCCGCACUUUGCAGAGGGCUUGUUACGUUUUUCCCCAUUUGUCAAGACAAGAUCCGUUCGAGAUAGAGGCUGGAGGAAGUGAAGGGUGUUAUGUGACGUUUUAUAUGUCAUCCACGAAAGCGUGUGUUUGCGAUUUACGAUAAAUGGCUGGUUCGCUGGGCACGGUUGAUUGGGAAGAUCUGAGAAAGCAGGCGAGACAUCUGGAAAAUGAGAUUGAUGCAAAGCUAGUAGCUUUUAGCAAGUUGGGCAUAAAUACAGGUACGAGACAUGCUAGUUCAGAGGAAGUUCCUCUUUUGGAUGAAGAACAGGUAUUCGAGAAUAUGGCAUCAGAGAUUGAGACGCUGCUCUCCAAGUUGUUCUCCAUAAACGAGAGGAUGAGCGAGUUGCAGCCAAAUGGAGCAGCUAUGUUACAUACAAUGCAACGUCACAAGGAAAUACUAAAGGACUACAAACUGGAGUUCAACAAGAUUAGAAAUAACUUUACGGCUAGGAAAGACCGCGAGGAUCUUCUAGGCAGUGUCCGUAAAGAAAUAGACAACUACAAAAGUGCAACUGGAUUGAAUCGGCGUGAAAUGUAUCUCAAGGAAAAUCAACAUAUUCAUAAUUCCGACCGAUUGAUCAAUGACCAAAUAAGCAUAGCGAUGGAGACACGGGAUCACCUCGUGACUCAGAGACAGGCGUUCAAACGUAUACGGACUCGAUUCAACGAUAUUUCCAAUCGAUUUCCAGCGGUGAACAGUCUACUGCAGAGGAUAAAUCUACGUAAGAGAAGAGAUUCUGUUAUACUCGGCCUCGUUAUUGGAGUUUGUACAUUUUUAAUGCUUCUGUACGCCUUUCACUAGACAAGAUACAAAGAUGCUUCCAUCUUCAAAUAGCGAUUAUUUCAUUAUGGAAAUUUUUGCAGUACGUUUUACAGUAAAGAUAUAUAUAUAUACGUUUAAAAGGUACUAUAUGGAGAGCUAAUAAACAUGUAGGGAAUUUAGUAUGAUAGGGUAUGCGAGAUUGUAUAUGUGCGUGAAUGAUUGAGCAAGUGUACUUUCUUCUACUUGCGUUCAAAGUGCACGAAAAGAAGUUUGUCUGUUUUUUUUAUACCGAAGUACAAGAUGUGGGGGUACACAAUGUAAGCUUUCAUCCAAAUUCGACACGUUAACUUAAUAAAUGUUAAAAUAUGAGUCUUUAUAAUAGCGCUAAUUGUGGAUUUAUUGAUUUCCUGAAUGCUGAAAACAUAACAAGAUGACAUCGCGAUUUAUUUGUGAACAUACUUCCUUUAUGUGACGGUUAAUUUUGUUUCUAUAAGAAAAGGUUUUGGUGGGUAAGGGAUUUGCACAUUUUGCGAUAAAAUUAUUAUAUUUCACAUCUGUAUAAACCAAUAGUUUUGCAUUCUGCGUUAUUUAACACACUUGGUGAUAAUAAAAAGGAAAGGAUGCACGCUAAUUUAGUAAUUUUAAGUUAUAGAAAAAAAAGAGUAGCGUUAAAAUCAAUCAAUUCGAUAAAACGCAGAACGGGAUCUUUAAAGAGUUUUCAGAGCAAAAAUGGUGAGUAUCGUCGUCGUUUCGGGUAAGAAUUGGUUUUACAUACACAGACAUUUAUAUAUGCAUAUAUACACGCAGUGCAUUCGCUCACUUGUGAGUCAUCCGCGAAAACACAAUACAUUACGAAAAAGAAAAUUGUUUUCACUAGAAAGCACGAUGCCUGUUUCCACGUGUACUCUAGAUACUACAUUUAUAAGUCUCCUCGAGAAAAUAGGAACUCAAGCGAGAUAUAAUUGUAAAAAAAAUACCGAACACAAAACGCGUUCCGUACAUACUAAAGUUUCGCCUCUUUUACAGCCUCGAUAUAUAUUUACAUGUAUGUUUAGCGUUUAUAACUUCAUCAGAGCUUCCUACAAAUUACCUUAUAACUUUCUGUAUAAAAUCCUGCUCCUGAAUUUUUAAUUACUGUCGCGGAUUAUGAGAUCGAGCUCUGAAUUGAACGCGGUUAAUACCUUUGAAUCGCAUCUACUGCUUCGCUAAAGUAACGUGUAAUAAUUAAUAUAUUACGUCUUACGAAUAAUCGAUAGCUAAAAGAAUUAAAUCUACGAUAAGUCUCGCUUUAACAUUAAAUAUCGCACUUCCCUUCGUUCUUUCUCCAUUCGUUACAAAAAGGGAAUACCGAUAUAUAUUUUACAAUCGGAUGUUCUUCCCUCUGUCGAUCUCCUUUAUAAAUGUAAUAUGUAGUCGUUAUCCGUGGAAAACUACGCAGUUUUUAUUGCGUAACUACCGCGGGAUAAUUUACGAUGAAGAUAACUGUGGAAACAGGUGGAUGACGAAUCUCUCUUUCUCUCUCUCUCGUUUCUCGUCAUACACAAACGCAUCAUUCGCACGUUCUUAAGAGUUAAAUCACUAAAAUGAAAAUUCUAAUCACGGGUUGAUUCUAUUCAACUGUUCGGAUAGUACUCUACGUUCUAAAUCUGCAUCUUUGAAGUUUUAAUAUAUUAUCAGAGAUAAUAGAUCGAGGUCUAUAUUAUCAUCAUUUGUUCUUCAUUCAGACCUAUUUGAAUCUCGUUCAAACAUACAAACGGACACAAACAGUCUACAUCCAAUAUACAUGCAGGCCGCACUGGUUGCUAGUUUAUGUAUCUGAAUAUAAAUAUAUCGGCUGUAUGUAUUUUUUUUUCAAUCUAAUUCUUUUUUCUUUUUUUAUGUUUUAAGGCUAAUUAGUAUAGGUGGAGAUCGUUGAGAGACGAGGCGUGCGUAUUAUGUCUUAAAUAAUUUUGAUAAAUAUUUCGUUGAGGUAUAUAGGAAGAUAUUAGACAUCAGACAUCUCUACGAUUUUAUUUCAAUUUUAUAAAAUUGCAUAAGAAACUACA